UUGAGAGGGUCAGAUUUUUUUUCAGUUCAAGAUAAAUGUCUGCCGUGGAUUGUUUGGCAGGGAAAAGUGUUGCCUAGAACUCUGGCUUCCCAAUAAAUAUAGAUAGGAGAACACACAACCCCCCUGUUACAUCAGCACAAUUCAAAGUGCUGUUUUAGCCUAUAAUGGCCUAAACGAUUCUGGCCCAGCUUACCUAUCUGAAAGUAUCUCCCUCUAUGAACCAUCACGGAGGUAAAGAUUUUCCGAGGAAGCUCUGCUCUUGGUCCCGCUUGCUUUGCAAACGCGGCUGGUGGGGAUGAGAGAUGGGGCCUUCUCAGUGGUGGCUCCUUGGCUCUGGAACUCCCUCCCCAGUGAGAUUAAAUCAGCACCCUCCCUCUUGGCUUUCAGAAAGAAAACAAAGACAUGGCUGUGGGACCAUGUUUUGGCUAGUAAAGUAAUGCAGUGCAAGAAAUAAACAGGGAAUAUGUGCAAUUAACAGUUAGAAUGGCCCCGUCUGUAUUUUGGAUCAUGUGAUUUUAAUGUUUAUAUUAGGUGUUUUUAAUUCUAUGUCUUCAUGUCUAAAUGUUGUUUAUAUCUUAUGUUUAAUGGUCUUAUUGAUUUAAUGCAUAGUUAUAUGUUUUUUUUGUUUAGAUUUUAUUAUUUGGUUUUAUAUGUAUGAUAGGCAUUGAAUUUUGCCAUUAUUAUGUCGUAAACCUUUUGUUGCUACCUGUAUAUUCUGCCUUGGUCAGACCACACCUGGAAUACUGUGUCCAAUUUUGGACACCGCAAUUGAAGGGGGAUGUUGACAAGCUGGAAUGUGUCCAGAGGAGGGCGACGAAAAUGAUCAAGGGUCUGGAGAACAAGCUCUAUGAGGAGUGGCCGAAAGAGCUGGGCAUGUUUAGCCUGCAGAAGAGAAGGCUGAGAGGAGACAUGAUGAGGGCCAUGUAUCAAUAUGUGAGGGGAAGUCAUAGGGAGGAGGGAGGAAGCUUGUUUUCUGCUGCCCUGGAGACUGGUAGGAUGUAGAACAGUGGCUUCAAACUACAGGAAAGGAGAUUCCAUCUAAACAUUAGGAAGCACUUCCUAAUUGUGAGAGCUGUUAAGCAGUGGAACUCUCUGCCCCGGUGUGUGGUGGAGGCUCCUUCUCUGGAGGCUUUUAAACAGAGACUGGAUAGCCAUCCGUAGGGGGUGCUUUGAAUGUGAUUUUCCUGCUUCUUGGCAGGAGGUUGGACUGGAUAGCCCACAAGGACUCUUCCAACUCUGAUUCUAUUAUUCUAACUGCUUUGCAUCUGCCCUGGGGUGAGAAAAGAGAUAUAUAAAUACAGUAAAUAAAUAAAUAGUACAGUAUUUUGAAACAAGGAGCCCCCGGUGGGGAUAGGUUGACAGAGCUGGGAUCUAUAGGAGGGAGUGGGGAGGGAGGUUUGGGCACUAGGGAUCCUGGCUGCUGGAGAGGUGCCAGCUCAUCAGGGUUUUCCAGGGUGAUCCACCACCGCGCGGCAUUUUCUGUACAUGCACGCGUACGCGCACACUCACUCACUCACUCACACACACACACACUCUUACAUCUGCUGGCUGGCUGGCUGGCAGGCAGCAGUAAAUCCCUUAAAGCUGCACACAGCCUGGCCACGGGACGCAGCAGGAGGGAGGGAAACGUGCGGCGCUUGAGCUCGGGAGCGCUUCGCCCCAGGAAACACUCGCGCAAGUCUUUCGCGCACGAGCGAGCGAGCAAACGAGCGGGCAUCGAAGGGCAAGGAGGGUCGGGAGGAGAAGAAGGAGAAGAAGGAGCCUCUCGCCGGUCCCACCCACCCACUCAUCUCGGGUGCCACCCGGGGUCAACGCCCCACCAAAACACAGAGAGAUUGAGAUCGGGCAGAGAGAGGCGCACUUAGUUCCCAUCCACAAGCUGGCACUGAAGCUCCGGCUGGCACACAGGAUGGGAGGAGGACACACCGACGCGGAUGGUGUUAUCAAAGACAAGGAACGCAAAAUGGAAGAUGACCUCAGCAUUUCGCGGCCGGGGCACUGUGCGUACCUGGGCUCCCUCCUUUGGGAGCGCACUCUGCCCUACAACGAGAUUGAAUAUGUUGACUUGGACGAAUUUUUACUGGAAAAUGGUUUGCCCCCAAGCCCGGCCCACCAACCCUUUUCACCGGGGAGCCAGCCUACAGCCUCGCCUUCCAGCGGAGUUGUGGUGGACCUUAGCCGCCCUGCUUCUUGCGCGUCGUCGUCUUCUGUCUGCUCUUCCUCUGGAGAAGGUCUAGUGGGGAGCGAUUACGACAACCACUGCAGCAAAACAGGUCCCAUCACACCUGUGUCCCGAAGCACGCCCAGCCCGGUGGACCCCGAAGCCGUGGAGGUCCUCAUGAACUUUGAUCCAGACCCCGCGGACCUGGCGCUGUCCAGCAUCCCAGGACACGAGACCUUCGACCCACGGAAACAUCGGUUCUCCGAAGAAGAGCUGAAACCGCAGCCCAUCAUGAAAAAAGCGCGGAAAAUACAGGUUCCGGAUGAGCAGAAGGAUGAAAAAUACUGGAACCGGCGGUACAAGAACAACGAGGCGGCGAAACGCUCCCGAGACGCCCGCCGCCUGAAAGAGAACCAGAUCACGGUGCGGGCGGCCUUCCUGGAGAAGGAGAACGCCGUCUUGCGCCAGGAAGUGGCCAAUAUCCGCCAGGAACUGACCCGCUACCGCAGCAUCCUCUCCAAGUAUGAAUCCCAGCACGGCACCUUGUAAAACCCAUGGCGAGGAUGCUGCUGAUUUUCUCUACCGUCCCACCAUUGAGGAGGUGGUGGGGCCACCCUGGUUUUUCAACCCUGACCCCCGUCUUCCCGAACCGGGCAAACAAAUAAUCAAACAACAGAUGUUUGGAACGAGGGGGAAACGGUCCGAAGCGGGGGCAUUCCCCCGUGCGGGGACUACCGUGGUCCGGGUGCAGGACAGAAGGGAUAAGACUUCGUAGGGUUGGCAUGCGCUGACCCUUUGCCAAGACGAGGGCAGUGACUUCGAGACGUUGAACUUGGGCAUCGUAGGCACACGGAAAACACACCGCAAAAAAAUAUAAAAAGAACCAACAACAACAACACAAGGGCUCUGUAGCACGCUGGAAGAUGUCUUGCACACACACAUACACACAUGCACACUAACACACAUACACACACAUACUAGCGUUUGGCUUGUUGGCAGACUUUUUGAUCCGAAAGGGCAGAAUUCCACUGCAGACUUCCACAUCCGUUCGCUUCUGUCGUACGUGGCAUUUGGGCUCCGCGAAGUGUCUGGCGUGUCAGGACGGCUGGGUUCGUUCUCUUUCUUGCUGCCUCUUUGACAGCUGGUGCAUCCUUUUUUUUACAGCAGAUGUUUGCACACAACUGACCCAUCCCUUCCUCCUUCCCCCCCCCCCCCUUAACUCCUUGAGAGAGGCGACGGCACUUGAGGAUUUGGGGUUUGCAGUCUACCCAACGUGGAUUUUGGGACCCGGUGUUCUGGGUUCCGGUCUCACCCCGUUGAACCAUGACGUUCCGCAAUGCCCUUUACCAGAGAACCCAGGAGUCCUGGCACCCUGGAUUGGAGGACAGGAGGAGCCGCUCCUUUUGAUGCCAUCCAAUCUCUUCUGCCUACGAAAUGCCAAAAUUUAUAACACCAAACGGGUUGCACACGUAUAUUUUUUCCCCACAAUUGGAUGAAAUGGGCUUUGUGUCAGAAGGCAGGUGUUAGGGGGCUAUUAGUUUGACUAUUCCAGUUUUCUUACUAUGAUACCUGUUUGUUUUUUUAAAAAAGAGUUCAAACGCAAGUGAUGGUUUCUGUUUUCCUUGCCUUCCUCGUGUUUUGUCUCCCGCACUGUCUGAUGUCAUCAUAUGUACAGAAACUCAGAACACAAAACCUCAUUGGUGACCCUCCAUAAAUAUGAACAGAAAUAUAUAUAAAUAUAUAUGAUUUUUCUUCUCUUUUUGGUAAAAAACAAAACUAUAUAUAGAGAGAGAGGCUCCAGGAGAGACUUUGAGAGAUUAAACUUUGUUCUUCUAUAGGGGAAAGAAUGGUUCUUUCGUACAGAAAGGGAAUGGGAGAAAAUUAUCGUUAUCUCUUUUGGAGAGGUUCCUGGUCUUUUUAAUUUUCCAUGUAAUAAGUAUUGCUGCGAACUUUUGAGAAAAAAUGGACAAUGGGCUCGAUGGGAGAUUUUUUUCAAAAGGAUGUUUACAAUUGUAUACAAUGAGGAAUAAAGAAAGACAGGAUUUAAACAAAAGA